CUAGACCUAUCCCUGAAAUUGGAACUGGAAAUAAAGAGUCACAUUGUUCUCAGUCACUGAACUCUACGGGUUUCCGCCUCAGUUUUCGCCAAACCAGUUUGACAUAUCUGUGGUAUGAAGGGGAGGUGAAGGACUGUGCGGAACAGUUUUUCAAUCAGUUUAUCUCUGUGUUGUUGCUUUGCAACCAGGUGUUUGUUUUAUCAUUUUGUUUUUCUGACCCGACACCGAGCAUGAACAUGUUCAGAAGAGACAAAGACUCUACAGGCCAAACUCCAGUGGUCCCACCAAGACCCAGCAAGGAGGAUCUAGACAAUCCCAUCACACACAGCCUGAACAAACAGGAUGCAGGAGUGACAUCAGCCUCGCAGGAAAACAAUAAUGAAUCAACAAAUGAGCUUAUCCCAAAGACCAAGAAGACUGGGGUGAUGGGAGUUAUGCAGAAAGUCAAUCCCUUCAAAUCUACCUCACAGGGUCCCUCCACAGUCAGCAAAGCUCCAUCCUCAGAGUCACUGGAACAGGGAACAGACUCCACACAGAACCCUGGUAUGCUGAAAGGGGUCAUUCAGAAGGUCAACCCAUUCAAGUCUACCCCCCAGGUCUCCAAAGCGCCAUCUUCAGAGUCACUGGAACAGGGAAGAGUUCCAGACUCUAAUCAGAACCCUGGUAUGUUGAAAGGAGUAAUGCAGAAAGUCAACCCCUUCAAGUCUUCCACACAGGUGCCAAAGAGUGAUCCUCAAGAUGAUUGUACAGAUCCACAAGAGACUGGAAAAGAACUUCCAGCCAAACAGAAUCCAGGGAAGAUCGCAGGAAUGAUGCAGAAAGUCAACCCAUUCAAAUCCUCACAGCCAAAGGAUACCCAACUUCUACAAGACGACCUUUCCUCCAGCGAAGGAAGCUUAGCAGACAAUAACAACUUGCCAGAGAAGCAGAACCCAGGAAUGUUCAGAGGGAUGAUGCAGAAAGUAAACCCUUUUAAGUCUUACACACAGAUGCCAAAUGAUGAAUGUCAAACAGACUCUGCAGUUCCAUUCAAGACACAGGAAAAUCAAGCUAUUCAUAGUGAACAUUCCUCCAGCUCCGAAAGCUUGGAUGACAGCACCAUAGAGAGACAUUCUAUUUGGUACACUGAUGGUGACGCCAGCAGUGAGGUGAAAAAUCAGCCAGCAGAGGCACCAAAGAAACGAACUAUGACUUUCAGAAUAAAGAGGAUUUUGCCCAGUGCGUUGUUUGGAUCAGGAGCAAAGGACUCUGCAACGGCAUCAUCUGAAGUUCAGGCAUUACCCCAGGAGGCUGUUGAAGUUCAGACACUACAAAUGGCUGAAGUACUGGUGCCCAGUGAAGGAACAGUCCUGGACCCUCUGGAAGAUGAAGAAGGCCUUCUGGGGUGGUGGAGAACAGUAGAAGGAUGGGAUGAGUGGAAUGAAGCAAACCAGAAUGACGACGCUGAAGAGGUGGUGGAACAAGCGGCUGAUCGUGUCUUCAUGGCGGCUCGUCUUUUUGUUCGCUUUUUCAACCAGCGUGGCGCCUCACUCCAGCAGCGCAUCCUUGAGCUCCUCUCUUUGGCUGACGCAGCAGACAGUUUUCACAAGAAAACGGUCACAGCCAGUGUCGGCGGUGGGUUGGCCAGUGUCGCUGGGUCCGUCACUACCAUCACAGGCCUCAUUCUGGCGCCCUUCACAGCAGGAACCUCCCUCAUCGUCACAGCGGUGGGCAUUGGCGUAGCCACGGCGGGUGGGGUAGCAUCUGCUUCAGCCAACAUCACAGACACAGUCCAUUCAAAGACGGACCGCAAAAAGGUGGAGAAGAUGAUUCAGGACUACCAGGACGAGAUCAAGGACAUUAAGGAGUGCCUGGAGUUUCUGCAGGAAGGGAUGGAGACACUUGAGGAGUGGAACUUUGAGAAAUAUGCUGAAAGCAUCUCAAAGAAGCACCUCAACCAGAACGUCAAACAUGUGAUGAAGGAGGGUGGCCGGGCCGGCAAGGCUUUAAUGAUCAACACAGAGAGCCUGAUCAGCACCGUCCAGGUCCUCGGUGUUGCAGGUGGUGCCGCCAAAGCCGCCCAGGUGAUGAGCGUCACCACUGGAGUUAUGUCAGGUCUCUUCCUGGCGCUCGAUGUCUUUUUCCUGGCAAAGGACUCCAUGGAGCUGAAAAAGGGAGCCAAGACGGAGUUUGCUGCUAAAAUCCGUGAAGUUUGUAAGGACCUGCAGGACGGGUUGCUGGAGCUGAACCGCAUCAAGGAGCAGCUGCAGAAAACCAUGGAUGGGAUAGAGGUGGAGGUUGAGGAGGAAGAGGAUGAAGAGCAGUUGAAGUCUGAUCUGAAGAAACUUGUGGAGCUUGAAGAAUGAAGGAACAGUGGUUAAAAUCUAAACCAAAGUUUCACUGUCUUAAUGUAAAACCCAGACACUGACAGACAAAAAACUGUUUGUAUCAAAUGCAAAAUUUUGUUUGAGUAGAAAUGGUAGUUUUAAUACCUUCUACUGUACUUAAAAGUAGCAAUUGUUGUAAUGUAUUUUAAAUAUUUAUAUCCUAAAGUAGUAAUUUUAAUUAUAUAUUAAACCAGAAGUUGCCAUAUUUUCUCUUUGUCAUUUGUUUAAAUUAAUGCCAGUUUUGUUGCAAUAAAAGUGUUAAC